AUCUUGGUUUGUUGUCUUGAAUAUAGAUAUAUUGGCUCCAUCUUAUUGAACCAAUUUAGAAUAUAUUUAAUCAUUAACUAUUAUUUAUUUCAAAUAUUGCGAUAGAAAUAUGUUUAACAAAGAAACGAAACCAUAUGAUGAUGUCAUUUAAACGAGAAUUGACUUUAGGGAAAGAAGAUGGCUGCCACUGAAAAACAGUGGUAUGUCGGAGAAGACGGUUGUAUAUCUGUUGGAGUAUCUGCCAGUGCCGUCACGUACCACUCCGCCUUAAAUUCAAUUAUAGUAUCAACAAAAGAACCAUCUGUAAAAAUAUAUGAUGUUGCUUCGGGUGCUUUAUUGCAAAAAUCGGAUCUGUCAGCAAAUACAAGUGAUGCCAUUCAUGCCAUAUAUUUACCUGGAAAAGACAAGGUGAUAUUUGCUGAUGAUUAUUCAGUGGGUGCUAGAAAUGACCUGCGAGGUAUGCUCCUAUUGGACACUGCUUUGCAGACACCCAUCAACAAAUCAGAGGACCAAGUCAAAGUGGAAAUUCCACUUGCCGAGGCUGGACAGUUCCACAAGGCAUUAAUGAAUGCAGAACUCCCUGGGAUAGAUCAUGUUGAUGAAGUUUGUAAGGAGCUAGAGAAGAAGAUAGAUGCAGUUCAAGAGGCAACAAAAGGCCACUUAAAAGCAGCAAAAUGGGCCACUAUUUGCUUGGAAUUACCACUCACCACACUCAAGGCUGUUUGUACAGGCUUGGUGAACGAGAUGAAGAGGCUUAGCAUGAACAAUCCAGGUCUGUCUGUGGCCUCAGCUAUUGGGGACAGACUGAACUACCUCCUCCCAAACAACGGGGAGGGGUGGAGCAGCACCGUGGAGAGGUCCAUGAUGUACAGCGAAGUGGCACGGCAGAAAACCUUCAGGACAUGGCCUCACAUGAAUUACAAAUGGGCAUUGCCUGAUCCAAUGUCCCAGGCUGGAUUUUACCAUCAACCAAACUCAAUGGGAGAUGACCGUGCAAUGUGUUUUACCUGUAACGUGUGUCUGGUGUGCUGGGAGCCGACAGACGAGCCCUGGUCUGAGCACGAGCGACACUCACCAACCUGUCCCUUUGUUAAGGGAGAGUACACUCAGAAUGUUCCACUCGCAGUCACCUAUGGUAGCCAGCCUGCAAAAAGACACAGUGAAAAUGAUGAUAAGAUUGAGUGUAUGAGUACAACUGCCACAGAAAAUUUUGUAGCAACAUCAACUCUGAAUGGGAAUAUAGUGGUUUGGAAUGUAGAUAAAAUACUAAAGAAGUACUGCCAGUUUAAUUUGGAUCCCUCUAACCCUGUGAUAGCCUUGAAGACAGGACUUCAGAUCGAGAGGCUGUCUGAAAGAUCUCCCAAAGCUGUAGAUGGUGAUGAAUCUUUGCAUGAUGAAACUGAUGCCAAGCCUGAGAAUACUGUGAAGAAAGUAGAGAAUGGUGUUUCUACGGAAAGUGGUGGUGAACCAUCUACUGCCACCACCUCCACAAACAGCACCGCAGAAACUCUGUACGAACUGCCACAAGAGAAGCUGGAUAAAUCGGAUGGACUAAAAACUAGGAAUAGACCAUGUGAAGAUGUGUUAGUAAAGUCCAUGUGUAUUGUAAGGAAACCUGUGACAGAGAAAAGCUCAACAGAAAAAAGUAAUGGAGCUAAGAUCUCAAAGGCCAAGAAAAAGUCCAGAUCGAAACCCCAUCCCACCCUCUUCUGUGGGGUGUCUCUAAGAAGGACGAGGAUGAGUUUGCCUCUGGAACAGAACAAUGUGGAAUGUGAAACAGAGGAGGUGGAACUGAUGAACAAAGUGAAUGAAGUGGUGAGCAGUGACUCUCCCCAGAUCAUAUCCUCAGAGGAGGAAAGCUUCUGUGGGGAGGGGGAGUUAGUAGACAAUGAACUGUUACAGUCCACGGUCUUCAUUCCGUAUCUGCUGGUACUGGCCCUGAGGGACGACGUGCGCAAGGGGAUGAAGCAAAAAGAGAAGGAACAAAAGCGGAUGCUACCAAGUAGUGCUAGUUUGAAUAAUUUAAACGCUGUGCCAAAUUUAGGGUCCAUUUCCAUGAUGAAUCAUGACUUCAGUUUGAUGGACCCCAUGUUUGAUUCUGACCCCGAUAUGUUGAUCGGUGUAACCCCUGGGCCGGUGAGUUUAACAUCAGAAGGUCCGAGCAUAGGAAUGUCUAACUCAGUGCCCGAUGCCAAGGUUCCCACAGUCAGUAAGCCCUCUGGUUCCAGUAGACACACGAAGACCGGGAGUGUUUUACAAUGUGUGGAACUUCCACAGAGAUUACAAAGUGACAGGUUCAAAGUCUCCACUAUCUCUCCUAUAUUAGACGGACAGCACAUUCUAGUUGUAGUCUCACCAGCAGAUAGACUCUCAAAGUCUUCUACGAAAAGCAAAUCUGUUUCCGUGAUCUCGGAUUCUUCUCCCACUAUCGAGGCUUCGGGUUCAUGUGAUGAAUGUUUACCGGUUAACGUAAACAAUGGUUCAAACUCGAUAGCGAAUUCCUCUGAAAACAUUUCAGAGCUGUCGAGCUCGCUCGAUCAAUGUCUCGGAGGCUGUGUCCUGCUGUAUAAGUAUAAAUUCAGCGAGGAUUACGCACAGUUGGAGGAGACCCCAGUGGUCACAAAGUACCUAGAACAGGCUGAACUAUCCGUCACUAGUGUUAUUGUGCUACCACAGGAAUUUAGUGAGUACCAAGAGAGAGAGGAAGAGAGUCCGGGCCCAGAGUCACUGGCAACAAAUAGUGCUAGCACCCAGAUGGCGUACCAUGUUCCUGGCCAGGCUGUUGUUACGCUGAGUAAUGGAAAACUGUGGUUGUUGAACUUGAAUGAUUUAAGUGUGGUAGCUGAGAUUUCACCCCCGGAACCUGAGGAAAAAUUUGUAUCAGCAGCUUACUGCACAGGUAUGGAAAGGUUGUGUGUGUGUUCAGCGGAGGGCAAACUUCACUUCUAUCAGUUGAGUGAGGACAGUCCGGUUCUAUCGGAGUCCGGCUCACUGAUGGAUGUUCCGGAUGGAGUGUGUAAUGGAGAAUCUCGCUUAGAACCGGAUCUCUCCUCCAGUAAUACCGAAUCUACAGAAUCGAAGGAACAUCUGGAGAAAAAUAGCCCAGGUACUGAUCUCCUAGCAAAGAAAUCUUUGACAGUUGAGAACCUGAUGCUACUUCAUAAUUUGAUACAGUUUGAGAACCUGAUGCCACGAUUCACAUCCACCGUCCCGUCGUGCUGGACUGAGAUACAACAGGAACAGCAACAGAGGCGCCACCCUCAGCAUCUACAGCAUCAGGGGGAGGCAACUCAGCACACCCGCACCUGGAAACUGCAACCAGACAGUUCCACUUGGGAUGAACACCUGUUUGAAAUCGUCCUACCACGUCCCUGUUGUGUGGGCCAUGUCGACAUCAAGUUCUCGUUACACCCAAUGUGUACCUCUCCUCCCGACGUACAAAUCACACUGCUGAAGCAAAACGUAACUACCCUGGGCCGGCAGUCCAACACAAUGCAUCCAGCAGAAGUAGACAAAAGUAUCGAUUUUAAUAUCAAUGCCUUCUGUCAGGCUGAAGAAGAGAACACAAACUCCAGCUGCACUGAGAAAUCCAAUGGCAGAUUUGGCGAGAACAUCAACAGUGUUUUGGAUCCGGAGUUUUUGGAGGACCACAAUGCAGAGAUACUGUGCGGGCCGGUCAAUUUGGCCUCGUUUUUGGACUUGUCCGGGAAUGGUGGCCUGAUAACACUGACCAGUCCACAGUUGUUGAGCACCAAGCCAAAGGCAUUCCUCCUGCACAUCAAAGGGUUUCACAGCAAGAACGAUGACAAGAACAAUGAAAAACAAAGGGAAAUGAAAAAGAAAUCAUCAUCCAGUUCCUCGACACAGAAGAUGAUCGUUAUGAAGUCAGCGUUUGAUAAAGACAUAUUUAUCCCCACCAGCAAGGUCAAGGAAGCCAUGACAGCUGUACCGAGGCCUAAGUUUGCUGACAACUUCAGGGGCUGUGACUGGAUACAGGAGAUUUCUGUGACCAUUAGAAAAACAAAGAGGACACAGAUUCCUAAAGAAAGGCUACAGAGAAGCACAAUGAUAGAAAACUUGAAGUUCCACGAGCGUUUGAUGUCAGCAGUGGGAAUGAGUGAUGGUUAUGUCUUUAGUGGGAUCAGCUCGGAUUGCUAUCAGAACAUGGCACUGGACAUUCUACUGUGGAUAUCGGGAGUCCAGAUGAAUGACCCCAUUAGGAGAGCUGCAAUGAAGACAAUUCCCUACACACUGAAGACACAUCUACAUAGUGUGGUGAGGGCCUGUUUUAUACAAGGUACCAGGACAACAGCUCACAAGUGUUCCCGUCUACUGGCUAUGUGUAUGGAACAGUGUAAGAAGAUGGCAGACCCAGACAUGGCCAGUGGCUUCAUACAAUGUAAAAUGGAAAUGUCUUCAAUCCAUGCUCUCCUUAAAUCCAGAUUUGGAUUGUAUGGUCAUCCAUUUGACCCUGACCUGUUUGACAUUGAGCUGCCCUUGGCCCUGAAGCAUACAGUGCCCUCUGUGUCUUUCUCAACCCUCAGCAGCAGUGGGAGUAACUCCACCACCUCAGGGAACACCAACAACAACCUGACGGCCCCCUCUGCCUCCUCCUCAGUCACCGACGAACUGGACUACUACGACCUAUUUAACCCGCCCUCGGACAAAUCCCAGAAGGUGCAGCUGGAGUAUGCUAAAGGCAGUCUGUUUGGGCUGAUGGAAGUGGAACCUCUGCACUUCACGUGUCAUUCCACCAGCGAUGGGACAAAGAUGGAGCGCAUGGACAACAAUUCAACUUCCCAGAGCACCUCCAUAGGGACCGCAGGAUUGUCGGGGACGAUUAAUUUCGGGGAGGGGAUACCACCCCAGGCGACUGGAAAUAUCGGGGCCUCGACUCUGGCUUCUCUGUCCUCCAGCAUGGCUGUGACAAAACAACACUUACAUGAACUCAGUAGUAAAUCUUACCCAACUUUUAAGCAUAAGAUUAUGCACAUUAAGCAGAUUUUGUCGGAGGUAGGGAAGAGUUUACCCCCUGAAGGGAAAGCGACCAGUAGUGACCUGUUGAUGCCCCCAACUCCAAAGUCCACCCCAAUGGUCAUCACUCCCCCACUGACCCCACCUAAUGAAACCUUCUUACAGGGCCAAGGAACGGCCACACCUGCUAAUGAUGGGAAGUCAGACAACAAUAAACAUUUCUCGGCUAAGUCCGCUCUAGGAGGACUACCUAAUGCCCAGACUCUGUUACAACAGCCCCCACUACAAGUUCUAGUCAUUGAGAGAAUGCACUCAGGUGCUCGUCGGUUUGUGACCCUGGAUUUUGGGAAGCCUAUUGUCCUGACAGACGUGGUGAUUCCGGCCUGUACGGAUCUAGCUUCUCUGUCUAUUGAUGUCUGGGUACAGGGGGAGGAAUUAGAUGGGCAGCGAUUUGUGGUAGCCUCCGAUAUAGGAGUCAGAUCACUUAUCAUGACCGACAUCAUGCCACCCGUAGUAUGCAGGUAUCUGAAGAUAACAACAAUUGGAAGAUUUGGAAGUGGAUCAACAAGAUCCAAAAUUCCCAUUGGUGCUUUCUACGGACACAGCUGUCUUCUGCCGUGGGAGUGGAACAGCUACCUGGAGCAGCGGUCUUCAUCCACCACGGGAUCCCAGUCUGAACUCCCAACUCAAUCCCAGAUGUUAGCUCAGCUAGGGAUCUACAUGUCACUGCUAGAGGACAUACAGUGUCGGUACAGCCUAGCGAGGACAAGGCUGGAAUCUCUACUGGCGGGGCUGGAUGGCCAACAGUUCGCCAAUACUCACAUCCAGUACUUCCUGAAGAAAAGCAAGAAACAAAACGAGGAGGACAACAAGAUCAUACAGAGUUACAAUGACUGUCUUCAGUUACAGGUGCAGCUGAACUUGGCCAAGAAAGCCACCGAGAGACUUCACACGGCGCUAGGGUUUAAUGUGCCCAAAACUGACUAUGGGGGUAGUGUUGUGGAGAGGAUCCAGCACGCGUGUACGGACAAAUUGAGGUUUGUACAAGAGUGCUUGUUGGAGGUUGUCCUCAGCAUGACCAGCUCCUCGGCCAGUAUCCCCCAGCCCCCCGUGUCCCUGUAUAACCUGAUGAGUCCCCAGGCCGCCGAGAUGCUGUUUAAGAACCUGUGUGUUCACGGCACUAAGAAGAUUCAGAUCAGCUGUGGGAUGCUGUUAAUGAGGGUGUGUGGCAGCCAGCCCUGGUGGGGAAGCUUCCUGGGAAACGUCCUCAGGGAGUUCUUCCAUUCUGAAAAUUCGCAGAUAUUUCCACAAGAUAGAGUGUUUGUGCUGCUGUUGGCAAUGGGCCAGAAAUCCUUAUCAGGACCUAGCGCUGUCUCAAUCAUGGAAAGUCUUCUAGACAUGUUAGCUAGAGUGUUAUCUCCCUUGGUGGCCGGACAAGCAGGAAUGAUUGACUUGACCCUUGUUGGUUGGAUUCUCUUGUUCCUGUGUAGAAGUUUAGACCACACCUCUCUCAAUAAUGAUGACAGUUCUAAAGCAGCCAGAAGAGAGAAUGGAAAUUCCCUCCCGAAUCGCUGGAACUUCAUACAAGGAGACCACAACUCUGCUGGGUCACUGGCAGCCAGCAAUGCCAAGGCCAAGUCCACCAAGCUGGUGCGGGGGUCAAGGUUAUCCAUGCAGAAGAGGAUGCUACAUCACAAGCAGAAGUUGAUGGAUCUACAGCAGGCCCAGAAGACGUUCUUCUCCACACACCCAGACAAGGCGGCCCAGAACUCCAGUAAUACACUGCUAAAACAGCAGGAGAAAGAGUUCAAAAAGGAGCUGUCCAAGUAUGCCUCCAAGCAUAUAAAAGAUAUCAUUCACAUGAGAAGAACAGAGGUGGAGAUGCUGAGAAAAAUGGGCCCCAGAGCUGAGUGUGUGUCCGAGUCGGAGAAAAGUAACGGGGAGGUGGAUCAAGAGGGAGUGUUACUUCUGUCUAAAGAGAAGACACUGAGGGUAGUGAGGGGGCUGAUGUGUCUACUACUGAGUAUGGACUUCACCUGUAAUGUGGAUCUCUUCCUCAUCACAUGCAAGGUGAUAGCCACUGUGUGUGUGAGUACCAGGCCCGCUAUCACCCUGGCUGAGGCUAUGACCCAGGAGCAGCUAGAGAGACUGAUUCUACUGGCCUCUAACCUGGAGUUUAGUUACGGGAAUGUCAGCUGGGGUGGGCCUUGGGCGGGGCACGCAAUUACAUGUCUCCUACAGGACAUACUGGACGGUGAGAGGUUCUAUCCUGCUCACCUUGACUCGAGCGUGAGUGACACUCGAGAGGAAGCCACAGGAGGGUUCACCACCGAGACAGACGAGAGUCUCCCCCACAGUGUGAGCCUGCCCACAAUGGAGGAUCUGGAUACAGACCAAGACAACAGUGUACCCGAUACACCAGAGAUGGAGCUAUCAGACAGUAAGGAGGAGCCCUCUAAGAUGGCCUUUGACAAAGAGUCAUCACUGAUGGUGGACCUACUUCUGGACGACAUGGAUUACGAGGAUGACGCCUCCGCCAAACUUCACGCGUACGUGACUGGGGAAUCUGUCGUACCUCCACCCCCACCCCCUCCUGAACAAAUCCUCUUUGAAUCUGGUCUGCCUACCUCCAGUUUGAAUGGAACACUGGAUGUGGCCAAUUCAAUACCUGAGACUGAAGAUAAGAAAAAGGAUGUGUUUAUCAAAAAAAUCGUGGACAAGAUCACAGAGCGGGAUCGAGAAAGUUGGACAUCAGGGUCAUCUUAUCGCAGUAGUCUGGUGGCCGGAGCCCAGGGAAUGUCCACUGCCAUGGACGCUAGGCUGGAGUUUGGUUUGGAAACUCAGGCUGAACUCAGGUUAAAGGUAAUGCUGUCACUGCAUACUGAGGGGGUCCAGCAGGCAUUUAGUAACACCCUCCCACCAGCCCCCUAUGUAGGUCACUCCCUGUCUUCAGCCCCGCCCCCCACUGAUGAUGAACUGUCACAGGCCACCGCUUCAUUCUCACAGUCAGAGGUAUCUUCAGCUGAGAUGUUGAGUUCCUGCUACAACAACCUGUUAUGUCACCUCCUCCCUCAGUGUUCUAACCUGGACUCCCUCCUACAGCUCUGGCUGACCCUGAACAGUGAGGGCAAUACCGACGCCUCGGGGGGCCCUAUAUUCGACUCCUCCAGGACUCCUCUGAUUCUCCUCAGCUCCUCCUCAGUGUCCACACUCCUCGAGGUCCUCACGGCUAUCCCCAGUCUCCCCAUCAGUUCCUGGGUGCUGGCCUUCCAGAGCCUCACCCUUAUAGCCAAUCAGAGGAUUCCCGGUCUCAGCGAGGUGGGGGAGGUGUCCAUGAUUGUUCCUUUAUUGUCUGAUCCUAACUUGAUCAGUGUCAUCAAGAAGUUUUUGUCAGGGACGUCAGAUAAUGGGCCUACUGCUUCUUCUGUUCAGUUCUCAACUGUUGGUCCUGCUGCUACCAAAGCAUUCUAUGAAUUUUUAUUACGACUUUUGGGAAAAUGUCCUCAAGACUAUCAUCAGAAAUUAAAAGAGCUGAUGCUGAAAUUAGUCUACACUUUAAGUGCUGAAAGAGGGGCUUUCCAUUGUGGUCUGGGUCCACUAGAUGCUCAGUGUAAAUUCAUGGACUUUAUCUUGGAUCAGACAUAUGAGAAUGUAGACCUGAGUAAUGCCAUCAGUGUUAUCGAGUCUAUUAGCAGUUUAGUCCACCAACACAUUCUGUGUCAGGAGAAAGUUUCUUGUAGGAGUACCUCAGAGAACUCUGUCAAUGCCAGGUCCUGUUUUGGGGGACUUUUUGCCAGUUUCCUGCGGGGUGGCGAUUCGAAGACUUCCGAUGCCAGCAGGGACCUCCUGAUGUGUAGUCUUCUGAAACUUGUAAACAAUCUGAUUCAGAUUCAGUGUAGUUCUCCCAGGAAUGCCCGUGGAUCCUCUGUGGCCAUGGACUCUUCAGCUACCGUGGAACCCAUGACGCCCACAAACAUCAGCAUGUCAGAACCCGUCCCAGAUUCUGCCAAAUUGGAGCAGGCCCUGGCCACCUCUACCCCGACCCCAGGGGUAAGGCUGUCGGAUGAGGAAAAGAGCCAACAGACCGACGAACAGAAGACAGAAACUCUCAACACUCAGGCCUAUGUCACAGACUUAAUCCUGGGCCACCAUCAAAUUAUGUGCAAUCUGAUACAGGCCCUGAGCUACUGCAACAGUAACACGAUGGCUAUGAUUCUGGGAAGCCGAGGAAUCUCCAGCAACAUGCAGGAGACGUUUACUGGGGGUGAACCGAUCUCGGUGGGGGACGGGAUAUACCAGAUCCUGGUGACCUUAACCAGGCUGUGCUCGGACAGCAGGUGUGUGAUUGAGUCCCUGUACAAGUACCUGUCCGGUUCAUACAGCGUCAGAACACAGCAGUCCCUGAACAAACUCUCUGAACCUCUCCUGUGGUUCAUACUCAAAGUUCUAGAUAGUGCUAGAUCAAUUAAUACCUUCUUAGAAAUGGGUGGAAUAUCUAUAAUCUGUCAAAAUCUAGUCAACUGUAACUGUCGCAUAAUAAGCACAAACCCUAGUCUGAUAUCUACCAUAAUGCAGAACCUCAAUGGCCGAUCUCGCUUAGAGAAAAAGAACAGUGAUUUUGAGUCCCCAGAUGGCUUACAAAACUUUGCUCCACUAGGAUACAUCUGCUCCAGUAGUCCCACUGCCAGUCCGGCCGAGGUCCUGAUACAAUCCUCUCCUCCACACAGGAGAGCUCGCUCGGCCGCCUGGUCCUACCACUUCUACCCUGACGAGGCAUGGGUGGAUCUAACAAUUCAGCUGCCUUUUGCUGUCUUACUCAAAGAGGUCCAGAUACAGCCCCAUGGUACAUCACUCACAACCUGUCCCUCAAGUGUGUCAUUAGAACUGAGUCAUGACGGAGUGACCUCUACCCCCCUCUGUCACCCCCUGAUGACCAGCAGUCUGGCCUUCAUCAAGCUGCAGUUCCAGCGGCCACAGAUAGCCACCAUGGUGACCAUCAGGCUCCACAAGGCCCGGGACUCCAUGACCAUCGGGCUGUCACAGAUCAUGCUGAUGGGCUACAGUGCCUUCGGAGACUCCAGCUCAGCACCUCAGAAUGUGUUCAUGCCAAACGAGGAUUAUGUUGCCAGGUCAAGUGUUCGUUGGAUCCGAUUGUUACAUCACUGCCUGACAGCCUACAAGGAGGUGGAGGAAGCUGUAGCUAACAGCGCGGCUCAGAUCCCCAAUCUGAUGAACACCUGCUCGGCCCUGCUGGUCUCCCCUAUAUCCAGUGUGUACGUCCCUAACAUUGAGGAGGUCCUGCUGUGUCUGGGACUCCACUCCGUAGACAUGGGGCUGGCUCUUGUGGACAACAUACUCAGGAGUCCCAGCAACAGGGCUAAUUCAGGUUUUGGUAUGCCAUACCUUGGAAAAGUUAGUGGCCAGGCCAAUGAAUCCACUGUGGAAUUGCUGUAUCAGCUAGGAAUGGUCCAAGACCAUGGAACAAGAUUAAGAGUUCAGGCUUUGUUGAGCUGGCUGAAGGACAGUGCCAGACUGGCCCUACAGAGGUCCUCACUCUCCACUUCUGAAGGAUACAGGAGAGUUCAGCAGGAGUUAUCUUCCCUUCCUAGUCCCGCCCCCUCCCACAUACAAGUGGUGUCGGCCAUUUUGUGGCAGAGCAAUGAUCUACCUGUGGAGUAUGAUCUCGGUGGUCUUGUUACCAGGGAGCUAGUCAGUUUCCUUUAUGAAUGGUCCACAACUCUGAAAACCGACAAUAACUUGAAGCAGUCGGUAGAUUACAUACUGUGUGCUAUCUGUCACAUCAACCCCGAGUACUUCUCCCAGAUCCUGUUGUGGAUGGGCAUCACUGUGACCGGAGAAAACAGUUUGUCGGCCUCCAUCAGCGACGACCGCAAAGACAACUCCCAUCUCCACCAGGGCUCCAUGACGGACGACUCCAAGGACAACCGCCACCACCGGUCCAUGACGGACGACUCGAAGGAGGCCAGCAGUGCCCAGGAGGGACCGCGGUCUCAGACCCAGGAGAGGUUCCCCCAGGACUUCCAUCACAUCACCCUGGAGGAGUCUUGUCUCUCCACCCUCGCUCUGACCUGUCAGUCUGCUGUGGCCAUUAAACAGUUACUAGAUUCAGGAUUUCCGGCCGUGCUGGCCCAGGGCUUGUUUGAGUUCUGUAACAAAGUGAUAUUUCAGUUCACGGAGAAUUAUUCACCUCCAGAGGGAAUGACCGAUGCCCACAAGUCCAUGUGUGACGAGGGUGGGGCCUCAGGGUCAGUGCUGGGAUCCAUGUCCAGGACUGUGUCAGACAAAGCCCUUUGGAUAACAGCAGACAUGGUGCCCUCUGUUCUGUAUUUCCUGGCCAAGGUUUCCACUGAGCCGCUGAUGAAAGAUUGGUUGGGGGGACAUGAGGGGAACAUCUUCUGGCCCUCCCUACUGACCAUGCUGUGUAAUACACCCAUACAGUCCACUACAGCUCCAGCCAGCAUUCCCAGGGAAGGGAUCAUGACGAUGGAGAAUCGAGGAAGCAUUGAGUCAGCUGCUGUCUGUUUCUUCACACAAGUCAUGUCCUGUCACAUCAUUAACCAGCUGUUGUUUGCCAAAGUCUUAUCAGAGGUUAUUAAAGAGCAGAGCUCCUCCUCAAAAUCAGGUCAGCUGUUGGGGAAUUUCCCCCUCUCGGGAUUCACCAGGUGUUUGUUCCUUCAGGCCUUGUUGGAGGAUGAGAAGGUCCUGGUAGUGCUGAAGUCUGGCCAACAGAGUGGGAAGAUCAUGAUGCAGCCCAAAUUAAACAACGGUGUACAUCACCCCCGCUUUACUGGGGGACGUAACACCCAGGUGAUGUUGGUCAGUCUUCACACAACGAUCAGCGAGAUAACAAGCAAAGUCACAGACCUUCCUCUCCUUCCUGGUCAGUUCCUGGAGAAAGCAUCAGAAAAAAGUGAUGAAUCCAAGAAAGACAACCUGAGUAAUUAUACAGAGAUGGCCAGCUAUCUUUCCAGUUCUGUGGUAGCAGCUAGUAUGGCAGCAAAGGAGAAGAGAGAGAAAGAGGAUAAGUCUGGGAAGACAUCUCUACCCCCCAGACCCCCAACUCGCCGAGGGAGGCAGAACCUGGGAAACUCCAGCUCACAGAUGCCACUUCCCACUCUAGGCAUCUGCCACAAAUCCAUGCCAAACACCUCCUUGCCAGGGGAGUUAACUCUAUCCCAGCUGUUACAGGUCCUACACCAGAGAGGACUGCAGCACGGACUUAAUGUCCUAGAGUUCUCCAUUAAACAAGACGAGAAAAAGGACACCAACCAGCCAGAUCAAAGUGAGCGAGAUGGCUGGGGGGACUUGGAUGAGGAUCAGGCCCUGACCACUGUGUCCCCCUUCCCUACCUCCCUACAGGUGUUCGCCAGUGUGGGGGGCCUGGCCCUCCUAGCUGAGCACCUGCCCCUGCUGUACCCCGAGGUUUCUAGACAGUCCAUCAUGCAGGAGUCAGGCCUGGACAACAUGAUUAAGAACAUGUCUAUAGCAGAGGAGUGGUCCAUGAUUGAACCUUUCCCAGAGGACUUCUAUGAGCAUUAUGAACUCUCUCAGCCACUGGUAGCCAAAACCAGCAACCCUCCUGUUGCCUUGCCGACCAUUCCUCCUCAUUCAUUGGUCGCUUUUGGCUUGUUCCUUCGACUUCCUGGAUACGCUGAGGUCCUGCUGAAGGAGAGGAAGAAGGCCCAGUGUCUGCUGAGGCUGGUGUUAGGAGUCACCGAUGACGGAGAUGGAGGUCACAUUCUGACAUCCCCCAUCGCCUGCUCCCUCCCCACCCUGCCAUUCCUGGUCCUGAAGUCUCUGUAUGACAGCUCCCCCCUGACUACAGAUGACGGGGUGCUGCUGAGGAGGAUGUCCCUGGAUAUCUGGGCCAUACACCUGAUCCUGGCCUGUCUGUCUGUCCUCAGUCACCACGCCCCCAGGGUACCAGUCCAAGGCUUCCAACAAGAGGCCCAGUUGAUCUUGUCUGCCAUGCAGUCAGCUAACACCCCGGCUAGUGUCCCGGUCCAGACCCAGACUGAGGAGAAAUCCCAGCAGUACUGGGCCAAAGGGACGGGGUUCGGGACCGGGUCCACCACCUCCAGCUGGGAUGCGGAACAGGCGCUGAUGAGGCAGAAGAGUGAGGAGGAGCAUGUAGCUUGUCUGUUACAGGUUCUUGCCAGCUAUGUAAACCCAGGAGGUGAUAUCCCAAAAGAGUUUGAGUCCGAAAACUUUACCUCCCCGGCCGAGAAAUCCCUGCUCCCUGACGUGAUUUAUGAACUGUUAAGUCAGUCUUGUAUAGUCCCCGCCAUAUCUUCCUAUCUCAGAAAUGACUCUGUGUUAGACAUGGCACGUCACAUUCCUCUGUACCGGGCAUUGCUGGAGCUACUGAGGGGGAUAGCCGUCACCCCCUCCCUAGUGCCCCUCCUGCUUCCACUGGAGAAGGACAAUGGACCUGAAUCGGCCACUUCUGUAGGGGUGCUGCUGGACAAGAUGAGAGUGUGUGUGGAUACAUACGCCAGCAGAUUAAAAUCUAACAAAGCCAAGAAUGAGAAUGGCAGUGUAGCAGAAGAGGAGGAGAAUGAGGGGCUAGCCAUGCUGAUCCCCAACAUACAGGAGACGGCUAGAAUUGUCAAGAUCGCCACAGAGAGACUACAGAAAUCCACGGAAACAGAGGGAGCCAGUGAAGAAGCCGGUAAAGAUAAAUCGGGGCAGGCUGGUCAGGCCAGUGCAGAGGAGCAUUACAUGACCAUCAUGCAGGAGGAGCAGUUUGGAUCUUUUGAGUUUGUGUUGGACGAUUCAAGUGCCGUUAAAUUCACCUGUUCUCAUCACUACGAGAAUAAUGUGAAGGCGGCAGGUGAAGUAAGCAAUGCCUCUCGAACACGUCGCCUCGCUCAGGAAGCUACGACCCUAUCUACCUCACUCCCCCUCUCCGCUGGCAGCAGUGUGUUUGUCAGGUGUGAUGAAGAAAGACUCGACAUCAUGAAGGUGAUGAUAACGGGUCCUUCUGACACUCCGUAUGAGAACGGCUGCUUUGAGUUUGAUGUGUAUUUCCCACCAGACUACCCCACAUCUCCACCCCUAAUUAAUCUGGAGACCACAGGAAACCACACUAUUAGAUUCAACCCAAAUCUUUAUAAUGAUGGAAAGGUGUGCUUAAGUGUGUUGAACACCUGGCAUGGUAGACCAGAAGAAAAAUGGAAUGCUCAAACUUCAAGUUUUCUACAGGUUUUGGUGUCUAUACAGUCCUUGAUUCUAGUCUCAGAACCUUACUUCAAUGAGCCGGGAUACGAACGAUCAAGAGGCACGCCAUCGGGCACUGCCAGCUCCCGAGAGUACGACGCCAACAUCCGACAAGCCACUGUUAAGUGGGCCAUGUUAGAACAAAUCAAGAACCCCACCCCCUGCUUCCGGGAGGUCAUUCACAAACACUUCUGGCUGAAGAGGCACGAGGUGUUAAAACAGUGCGAGAACUGGAUAGCAGAGAUGGAGUCCUACAGCAAUGAUAAACGAACAGGGAGGACGAUAGCUCACAGUACUCUAGCACUUAAACGACACUAUAACCAAUUACGAGAAGAGAUUGCCAAAAUGAAGCCACCGGAGGGGCUAGAAGAUGAGGAGGGGGGAGAGACCAUCGACCCCCAGGGGGUGCAUUUCUCCACAGACUCCGCCUUGUCCUCAGCAAUGAACAGCUCACAGAUGGGGGCGAUAGAAAACUUAAUCACAGACUCGAAUUCAAAUUCCGUCUUAGAGGAUGGAUUUUGCUAGCAUAUGUAGUGCGAUAGAGGUAAUAUGAAUUCCAGUUUAUGAAGUGACUACAUGGAUUUUGCCGCUGUGACCACAAUUUGGAUGGUGGCUGUGUAACAAGGAAUGGCUAGUCAUAAUAUGGAUCAUCUAGAGAGUGCUAGCAGCUCUCUGAAGAGCUGUUUGUUUUUGUGAUAUGCUGAAAUUGUGAUAUUUGUAACAGAAUUCAGUCUUCUUAUGAUUUAUUUGUGUGUGUAUAUUGUGAGGAACUUAAUGAUGUGAAUGAGUGUUUGUAUGUAUUAUUAUGUACUUUGGAUGAUUUUUCUGAAAUCUGGAGGACAGUUCUUCAGAGUGUAUUCAGAUGGGGAUCGAAUUUUCAUUUUUACCUGAUUAUUGCAUUCAAAGUUCCGCUAUUCCUUUUAGCUUUUAAGAUUGAAAACCCUGGGCUAAUAUGCAUUGCUUUUUUAAUCUAAUAUACAUGUACGAAGAUUGUGGCGUAUGUGUUACAGAAAAAAAUAUUAUAUAAAGGAGAGCUAUGGUAUUUAAAUAUUUGUUGAUGUUAAUAUAUGAUUAAUAUUAAUAUUGGCAGCAUCCGAUUGUUACUACAUGUAUAUUCCAGUUUUCAUGAUGUAAAGUUAUUUAUUUCCCAUAUGUGUAUAAACCAAAUGGUCUAACUGUUUAUACCUGACUGUACAUCAUGGAAUUGUAUUGAAGAACAGAGAAUUUAUUGAAAAGAAAUCCAUAUGUGUAUAUGGAUGAAAAAUAUAAAGAUGAUGUUUUGUCUAAGUACAUGGUGUAUUGGACAAAGUUACUGGAUGUAUUGGUUGAAUCCUUUGCUCCUUGUUGCCGAGUUGACUCUUGACAUACAUGUACCAUUGCUGUUAAUGACUUUCUCUAUAAAUGAAUUAUUCUAUUAAUGUAUGUCCAACUUUGGAAAAUCUAUUCUUAAUUGUUUUGUCAAUUGCAGGUGUUCACCAAAUUUCAUCAAAUUUGAAUAAAUUAAAGAUACUUUGUAUA